ACAAAAAGGUAAUGAUUUCCACGAGAUUCGAACUUGUGCCUCCGGAAAGACCAGGACCUUAUCUUGGUGCCUUAGACCAACUCGGCCAGAAAACCACCAUUUGUGGGACCCAAUAGUUCCGGCCAAUCCGUGUCCAGGACUUGUCGAAGAUUCCAGGAAAAUUGGUUGGUAAGGAUAGAGUAAUGUUCUGCUUUAUUUUAGCAACAUAAAAACUAUCUGGUUUCUUGAUGGAACGGAUCUCCUUGUAUCCUAACUCGAUUUCCCCGUUAUCAUUAGCCUGAUCAUUUUAUACACUCCAUUAAAUAAUAUACGCUUCGAAUCAUUAUCUGCCACCAAAUCUAUUUUAAUGCUUGAGCCUCCAAAGAAGAUGACAUUGAGCGAAUUCUUCGCCGAUGAGACAUUGGGAGGCUCCUGGGCCGACGACGACAUUGAUCUCUCGUCGAUCAGUGUGCCGAUCCUGAACCCACAUGCGCAAAGCGCGCACCCUGUACACCAUGCACACAACCCAUUUGGCGCGUUUCUGCGCCACCAUGAUGGCGAUACCCAGAUCGAGGGCCCGCCGUUCAUUGCGCGGUUGAAUAACCUCCCGGUAGACGCGGAGGAGGAAUUUGUGACCUCUCUCUUUGCAUCGCGGUACAUGAAGUACGUCAAGUGCAAGGUGUUGGCGGACCCGAAGUCAAACCUCGCAGCGGCCGUUCCUAGCCUCCGCUUGAAGAAGGUUGCCUUUGUUGAGUUGGCCAGCCGCGGUGACGUUCUCAAGGCGUUAAAGUGGAUGGACUUGUACUACGAGGCGAAUAAGCGAGUGGUGAUUGACGUGGGCAGGCGAGAUGAUUUCCAGAGUGCAAUCAAGUUUAACCAGGAGUACGAAAAGGAGAUCUCUGAGGUCGAAGAAGAUUUGUACAAUCGCUUGGACCAAGAGGCGAGCCACGGCAGCAAUGGUGCCAGGGGCGAUACCGGAGAUGUCAAAGGUGGCCACUCGCCACAAGCUCUCAGGCAACCGCUUGAGCGAGCAGCUCCGGUUACCGCCGCAGCCCCCGCUAUUGCCGCAAACCCUGUUAGUGCCAUAACCCCCGCUACCGCUGCAACCCCCGUCACUGCCCCAAAGAAGACCAAUCCCUUUGGCAAUGCCAGACCGAUCGACACACUUUCGCGGCAGCUCGAGAUUGAUAAAACAUUGGAGCACUUGUCGAUCAACAAGACCACGUUCCGCACGUUGGGCCCCGACGAGGAGCUUCCCGUGGACCACACAAAGAAAAAGGACAAGGCUAACAAAACUGAGAAGCCAAAGAAGAAGCUCGCCACCAAGCUUGUCCCCAAGCCCGUUCCAGCACCUAUUCCGGCACCCGUUCCAGCACCUGUAUCUAGCCCACAAACUCUUGCGGACAAGCUAGCUAGCAAGUACAAGCCGGCGCCAGAGCCCGCCCCUAUCAGCACCACCACAACAUUUUCUGCCAAGUUGGCCACUGUAAAGAGCGUGACCCCGAUCAGGGUCGAGGGCAAGCCCAAGGUAAUUUUGAAGCGCAAGACGCGUCCAGACUCUGCCACUCCAACACCAAAGCCGGAGAACCCAAGGAGGGAAGACCCAAGAGAGGAGGGCCAAAGGAAAGAUUUAGGGGAGGGAGAACCAGUGGAGGAACCAAAGGAGGAGACUAAGGAGGAGACUAAUGAGGUUAGGGAGGUAGCCAAGGCUGAGUCAGUACUUGCUAAGGAAGUUUUGGCUGAGCCGAAGAAGGUUGAGUCUUCAAUUUCUAAGACCGAGUCUCUGCCUAAAUCCCAAGAUCGGCCAUCCCAGAAGUUUCAGCCAGAGGCCCCCACUGACGUCCCAUCUACUGACCAUGCUAAAUCCCCGAUUCCAACCCAAACCCCUAGAGUGGAUUCGCCAAAGCAUUUGACUUCUCUAGGCCCCCCUAAGGAAGCAACCAAGGAGGAAUUUGAAUCACGCCUCAGAGAAAUAAACGACAAACUCCGCCACCGUGUGGACGGCACCGAUCAUCUGCCGUUUGCCUCCGAAAGCCACACCCCUAAUUGGUCCGAGCAGAUGACACCGCAACAGCAACUCACUUACUACUCGUCCCAACCGGACUACCAGCCGUACCGUUCUGAAAACAUGUCCUCGUCGUUGCUCAACAAGAUCCAGUACCAGCCGCCAGCCCAAUCCGACUACAUGCCCCACUACUCACCACAACGCGAGUUCUAUGGCUAUGAUAAUACCCCAUACCAUCAGCACCCCCAGGAGUACGUGGAAUACGGAUACAAGUCGCCGCAACGCGGGUUCCAACAGCCAUUCUUGUCGCCCCAUGCGUCGCCGCAACGCCAGUUUACACACAUGAUGAAGCCGAUGUUCUACGGCUCGCCCGAGCCUAGUACGCCAUUCAUGGCAUCGCCGCUGCGUGGCCACAUGAGUCUCAGCCAUCCCGGGAGCACGUACCCGGUGUUAAAACCAGACACCCGCUAUCAGCGUCGUGAAUACACGUCUGGCUUUGUGGCUGCGCCGUCGUUCUUGAACGGAGCUCCGGUGAAGCGCGAUGAGGAGGAGCGAGGAAGAGAGUUCCUUUCCGAGGGUAUGAAAUCAAAAUACACGAUGACGCUGCCACGGGAGGCGUUGCUGCCAAGGCGGUUGAAGAAAGUGCGAGAUUAUACUGAGAAGAAGCCUUCGCCACAGCCACAAAGUGCCGUAACGCAGCAAAAUGUGGUGUCUGAAGGACAAAAGGAAAAUAUGUCUGAGACUCCAAACGAAACCAAGCCCAAGGCUCCAAAAGAUGUUUCUGCACCAAUGGAUGUUUCUGUGCCAAAGGAUAUUUCGGCACCAAAGGAUGUUUCGGCGCCAAAGGAUGUUUCGGCGCCAAGGGAAAAAGUUGAGGCUAGGGAGCCGCGCGCUCCUCGCGUUCGUGGUGAGAGAAGGAAGCGAGGUGAAAAGCCCAAGGACGAAACCAGAGAAAGAAAGCCUAAGCAGAGAACCAAGCGUGGUGAACGCCCCGAAGGGAAGCCUGGCGGAAAGUGGGAACGCAACUCCAAGGGGGAGGACAGCGAAAAACCAGCAGAGGGAAAAAACGUCAAAACGUUCAAAGUGACUGAAGCGGAACCAAGACCGCGCAAGGAGAAGAGAGAAGAAAAACCGGAAGACAAAGAGAGCAAGGAGGUCACCGGUGAGCGCAGGACCCGCGGGGGGCGUGGCCGCGGCAGAGGCGGCAGAGGUGGAGCCAAGGCAAAGGGCCAAAACUUUAACCAAACGUAUGUCAGAACCAAUACGGACGCGCCAGCUGCCUGA